AUGAAUGUACUAAGAUCUACAUACCUCUUCUCUCCUGCAAGGUCUUUAUUGAUAUCAUGUAGUAGAAAACAAUUAUUUUCAACUUCGAGAUUGGUUUUGAAUAAAGAAAGUGAAACUGCAAAAAAGAAAGAUAAAAACAAGCAACAAGAUUUUAACCCCCGGCACCUGGGUGUCACUGCUGAAAUAUUUAUUCCUUCUGCUUACAAAAACCUUCCAAACGUGUUUUCCCACCCUUUUAUCGUUGCAAAUGCAUUAAUAAGAAGACUAUACACGUUUGGUUUGAAUUCCGUUCAAAUCGCAUUGUUUCGUUUCCAAUCAGGCAUUAAACCGUCUUUUUUGCUCUGGAAAAACAAAGCCAUAGAGACAUAUAUUAAUGUAAACACGUCUUUUGCUCAUAAAAAUCUCUUAGACAUUAAAGGAAUGGUCUCUCUAUGGGUUCAAGAGGCCCUAGAGGCUAGGUCCCGUCAACUACCAGGUAAUGCUACUUUGGAUUGGCAGUUGUUAAAGUUCAAUGCGGUUCCCAAACUAGUUUCAGUACAGCCCAUUAUGAUUCCUGGAAUGCCUUUGGAGCACUUACAAUUAGUAUACAAAUUCGACACCAAGCAAAGACUAAUUAAAGUUAAUCAACAAACUAAGAAGAGUGAGAUAUUAGAUCGUGACGUUGUAGACUAUAUUGCCUUCUUAUGUGAUGCGACAACUAAUGAUAUGGUUCUAAUGGGAUCUCUAUUUGAAAGUAAGCCGAAUGAUAAAUUACCAAAGAACUAUGAAGAUGAUACUAAAACUGCCAUACGUAGAAUGAAGAUGAAUGGAGAUAUAUAUCGCUUGCCUCCAAACUAA